CUCUCACGGGCACGCGCUCACGCUCACUGCUAGAAAGAGAGAAAGGAAGAGAAGGAAAAGGGUUUGUGUGUGUGUGUGGCGGCCUCCGUUUAUAAUGGCUGCCCGAAAAAGAGAAGAGUCAAAGCAGUUACAUUGGGAAUAAGAUUCGUCGUGCACAGGUGGGUGUGUUCUUUAGGAUGUAUCCCAGUCCAGGCCUUCUAGCUGGCCUUGAGUGACGCAAUCACGCUUUAAGUUAUGUACGUAUUUGAAAGCGAAGAGCGCAAGAUCUAGCUGAUGAGCCAGCUGUCAUCACUGCUGCUAUCACCAUUGAGAAAGAUCCUUAUGGAUUUAAAAACCCAAGAUGAAAACAGGAAAGGAGGGCUGAUUUUCACUUCAAGCAAAUUGGUGAGGAAGAAGAGGAUGGUGAGCAGUGAGGCGAAGUAUGAGCUGAUCCAGGAGGUGGGCCGGGGCAGUUACGGUGUGGUAUAUGAGGCAGCAAUACGGCAGACUGGCGCUCGCGUGGCUGUGAAGAAGAUCCGCUGUCACUCCCCGGAGAAUGUGGAGCUGGCCUUGAGGGAAUUCUGGGCCCUCAGCAGCAUCCAGAGCCAGCACCCGAACGUCAUCCACCUUGAGGAAUGUGUCCUGCAGAGAGAUGGUCUCGCUCAGAGGAUGAGCCAUGGCUCCAGCUCCUCACUAUAUCUGGAGUUGGUGGAGACCUCCCUGAAAGGCGAGAUCACAUUUGACCCGCGCUGCGCCUACUACCUGUGGUUCGUCAUGGACUUCUGCGACGGCGGAGACAUGAACGCCUAUCUGCUGUCCCGCAAACCCAGCCGCAAAACCAACACCAGCUUCAUGCUUCAGCUAGGCAGCGCGCUUGCCUUCUUGCAUCGCAACCAGAUCAUCCACCGAGACCUCAAACCCGACAACAUUCUCAUCUCGCAGAGCCGCAGCCCGGCCGGCUCGCCCGAGCCCACCCUGAAGGUGGCUGACUUUGGCCUCAGCAAGGUCUGCUCAUGUUCGGGUCUGAACCCUGAAGAACCAGCCAGCGUCAACAAGUGUUUCUUGUCCACGGCUUGUGGGACGGACUUCUACAUGGCCCCAGAAGUCUGGGAGGGCCACUACACUGCUAAGGCGGACAUUUUUGCACUGGGGGUGAUCAUAUGGGCCAUGGUGGAGCGGAUCACGUUUGUGGAUGUGGAAACGCAGAAGGAGCUGUUGGGGAGCUAUGUACAGCAGGGGGAGGAUAUUGUCCCAUUGGGGGAAGCUCUGUUGGAAAACCCCAAGAUGGAGCUCCACAUCCCGGCCCGGAAGAAGAGCAUGAAUGCUGGCAUGAAGCAGCUAAUUCGAGAGAUGCUGUCUGCCAAUCCACAGGAACGACCCGACGCCGUCGAGCUGGAGCUCAGGCUAGUUCGGAUCGCGUGCAGGGAACUCGACUGGGACACGUGAGAGGAUGGCAUCUCAGACGGGAGUGUACACUGAUCUGAUCUUCUGGUCUAAGGAUGAAGUUCCUGUUAAGUGUGUCAAAUUUGGGAGCACAACUGUAUUACAAUUUAGUAAGAAAGAAAACCAUGUUUUUCAGAGAAGCACUACGAAAUAUUCCCUUCAGUGUCCUGCUCACAGAUUCUCCUCAACCCUUCAACCGUCUGACCUGAUUUACACUCGACAUCAACUACUGAGAGCUGUGCAGAUGCAUUGUGACUUAAAAAAAAGUGCUUUGACUUUUUGUUUUCCUUUGUGUUCUUGUAAAGUAUUUUGACAUAAACAGAAUUUCAUGAGAGGGAAUCUUAUAAGUGAAUGUGUAAUUUAUUGGUGGGAUUGGCUUUAUUAAAAAAAACAAAAAAACAA